UUAGGUACAAUAAACCGUGGUGAUAUUGUGAGGUUAUACAGAUUUUUGAAUUUAAGUGUUAAAAAUAUAAUCAACAAAUUUUGUGAAAAUGAGCGAGGACAAGUUUCUUAAACACCAUAAAAUAAUACUAAAUGAUGAAAAUAUAAAUACAACAGAAUUGGGCAAACAACGAAGAAUCAUGGCUCAUACGCAUUUAAAUGCCUGUAAAACAUUAGAUAAUGCAAAUACUUGCCGUUUAUUAAAAGAAAAUUUACAACAAUACUCUAAGUUGUUUAAAAAUAAUUUAGAAACUUUUAAAAGUAAAGUAGCAGAAAAUAUUGCACAAUCACCUUUAAAUAAAGAAGCCGAUUUUAAAAUCGAUUUUAAUCCAGAUGAAAUCCUUAAAUCAAUAAAACCUUUAGGUUGUAAAGGGAGCACAAUUAAAUGCUCAGAAUCUGAAAAUAUAUCUGGGUUUGAGUUCUGUGAAUUUUUUGAUCUGUUUCGAAAACCAGAAAUUGAAAAUAAAAAGUUGCCAGUUACCAAUAUGAAAAAGCCCAUAUCAGAAAAGGCGCCAGUCAGACCUCAAAACAGUUUUAAAACUGCCAGAGAAGAAUUACAUAUACAAAAUUUGAAGAAAAACCCUGGUGGAAAUCAAUAUUCUAGUUCAUUAAACAGUGGUGUGCAAAAGAAAAAGUUAGGCACAAGAAGAAAUAUCAACAGCAAAUUUGUUUCCCCACUGUUGUCAAACAAUGACUGUGAGGAAUCAAAAAGUAGUGAUAAUGAAUGGCCACCAGAUACCAAUGAUAAGUUGAAAAAUAUUGAACCAAAAAUGGUGGAACUCAUCAAAGCAGAGAUUAUGGAUUCUGGGCCUAGCAUUGACUGGGACGACAUCGCAGGACUUCAGGUCGCCAAAAAUUCCAUUAAAGAGGCUAUUGUCUGGCCCAUGUUGAGGCCAGACAUAUUUACAGGUCUCAGGAGUCCUCCAAAGGGUAUACUACUUUAUGGGCCACCUGGUACAGGAAAAACACUCAUAGGUAAAUGCGUGGCUUCACAGAGCAAGUCAACAUUUUUCAGUAUUAGCGCUUCAUCACUGACGUCAAAAUGGAUUGGCGAAGGGGAAAAAAUGGUUCGAGCCCUUUUUAUGGUUGCCAGAGUUCAUCAACCAGCUGUGAUAUUUAUAGAUGAAAUAGACUCGUUACUAAGUCAGAGGAGUGAAACUGAACACGAGAGUUCGAGACGACUUAAAACAGAGUUCCUGGUGCAGUUAGACGGAGCAACGACCGAAAGUGAAGAGAGGAUUUUAGUGAUAGGGGCGACCAAUCGGCCACAGGAACUCGACGAUGCAGCCCGAAGGCGUUUUGUUAAAAGACUUUACAUUCCUCUUCCCGAUUUUGAUGCUCGUCUGCAACUGGUGACCAGACUGAUAGAAAAAGUAAGGCACGAAUUAAACACGAUUGAUUUCAAAACUAUUGCGGAAAUGUCGGAUGGUUAUUCAGGCUCUGAUAUAAGAAAUUUGUGUUCCGAAGCCUCUUUAGGUCCCAUAAGGUCGUUGGAUAUGAGUCUGAUAGAGAAAAUUAAAGCUUCCGAAGUUCGACCGUUGAUUAUGGAGGAUUUUGAAAACGCUUUCUCGAGGGUUAGAUCAAGUGUUUCCCCCAAUGAUUUGGAGCAGUAUACCAUUUGGGAUAAUAAAUAUGGAUCCCUUUAAGGGAUUGUAAUUAUUAUUAAUUUAUAGAUUUUGUUUAGACAUUUUAUAUUAAUUACUGUAAUAAUUUUUUUUCCUGUUUUCUUUUGUAAAAGGAAUGAUACAGAUUUUAUUUUGAAAGAAUGAAUAAUACUCAAUCAAAUAUUUAAAGUACAAACAUAUAUUUACAUAACUAUAAUACAUUACAGUUACUUUCAAGUAACUGUAAUUUGUUAUAGUAAUUUAAUAAUGUGUAACUUUAACAAUAAACACCUCACGUAUCCAUUGUUUGCUUAA